CCACCUCCAGCACGGGGCACCGCGGCCGGGGCGGGCGCCGGAGGAGGCGGGAGCAGCGCCGAGACCUGCCCUGAGCGAGGGAACUUCUUAAAGUCCCGCCGCCUCCCGGCGCUCGCAGGAGCGCAGGAUGGUCCGGCCGGGUGGCGGCGUGUGCCGCUACUGCUGGGGGCUCGUCCUGCUGUGGGCGGCAGCCGGCCGCGCAGAAAUCCGCUAUGCAACUGUCUACUGGAAUAAAGCUGAAAAAACACUUCAGGUCAGGAACACACUGGACAGGAGUGGAGAUGCUUAUGGUUUCUACAACAACAGUAUACAGACAACAGGUUGGGGCGUCCUGGAGAUCAGAGCAGGCUAUGGCAGUCAGACCUUAAGCAAUGAAGAUAUCAUGUAUGCUGCUGGCUUCUUGGAAGGCUAUCUCACAGCUCCGCACAUGUAUGACCAUGCUGCAAAUAUGUACCCACAGUUAAUUAAGAAUCCCACCGUCCGAAGUGGAGUUCAGAAUUUUAUGGCGAAGCAAGAUCAAUGGACAAGACAGCAAAUCAGAAAUAAUAAGGAUGACCCAUUUUGGAGGCAUGCUGGCUAUAUUAUUGCACAGUUGGAUGGUCUGUACAUGGGAGCCUUCGAGUGGGCUAAACUACAUAAACAAACACCACUGAGCAACUUUGAUGUCCAGUUUCUGAAUGCUGUUGGAGACCUGUUGGACCUUAUUCCUGCAUUAUUUGAGUAUUCUGCACGGGGUGGACAAUGCAAUGUGGAACCAGGAGGCCAUGGGAGAUACCAGUGGGAUAUGGGACACUGCUCUGCACUGAUCAAGGUUCUACCUGGAUAUGAGAAUAUAUAUUUUGCCCAUUCCAGCUGGUUUACGUAUGCAGCCACACUGAGAAUAUAUAAGCACUGGAACUUCAAUAUAGUUGAUCCAUACACUAGCACCAGCCGUGUCUCAUUCAGCAGUUACCCAGGCUUUUUGGUGUCCCUGGAUGAUUUUUACAUACUAGGCAGCGGCUUGGUAAUGUUGCAGACUACCAACAGUGUGUUCAACCAAACUCUCAUUAAGCAAGUGGUGCCUGAAUCCCUGUUGGCUUGGCAGAGAGUCCGCAUUGCGAACAUGAUGGCAAGUGAUGGCAAAACUUGGGCAGAAACGUUCUCCAGGUGCAACUCUGGGACCUACAACAAUCAGUACAUGGUGCUAGACCUGAAGAAGGUCAAGCUGCAGAGGAGCCUUGAUGAUGGUGCACUGUACAUUGUUGAGCAGAUCCCAACCCUUGUGGAGUAUUCUGAUCAAACAAAUGUUCUCCGGAAAGGUUACUGGCCUUCAUACAAUAUCCCUUUCCAUGAAAAGAUUUACAAUCUCAGUGGGUAUGCGUCAUAUGUUGUCAAGUACGGCAUGGAUUUCUCCUAUGAGCUUGCUCCAAGAGCAAAAAUCUUCCGUCGAGACCAGGGCAAGGUGACUGACUUGGAAAGCAUGAAGUACAUCAUGAGAUACAACAACUACCAGCGUGAUCCUUAUGCUGAACAUAAUCCUUGCAACACCAUUUGCUGCCGGGAAGACUUGAAUCCUUCUUUACCAGUGCCUGCAGGCUGCUAUGACUCCAAGGUGUCAGAUUUCCGCCUGGCAUCAGCGUUCACAGCCUCUGCCAUCAAUGGCCCUCCAGUGCAGGGAGGGCUCCCUGUCUUCACCUGGAGACGGUUUAACCGCACUCGGCACCAGGGCCUGCCAGAAUCAUACAACUUUGAUUUUGUCACCAUGAGGCCGAUCCUGUAAAACCAGCAUCAGUAUCCUCAUAUGGAUUUUUUUUAAUGAAAAUUUUAUUUCUUGUGUGUAAUAAAUUGAUCUGGAUGUCCACA